AUGCCAGAGGUAUGUCGUUCUGACGAUGAGUGUGAUAAAAUGAUUGGGUCAUGGAUACUAAUUCGUUCUCCUCCUGGUUAUCAAAACCUUGAUGUGGUUGAUACGCUAAAACAACACGUUACCUCCAGACAAACAAACCGUACUCCGCCGAACCCCGUCGGAAUUGCGAAACACAACGCACUUGUAUCAGUCGAGCGUGUGAAACGACUCAACUGGAUCGCACAUCGAUCAAACACGUGGACCAUCUGGUUAGCAUUCUGUUUCGCCUUGUGCGCAUCUCUUGGCAUUCUGUUGUGGGUGAUCUAUCGUGUGACCAAGCCAAAAAAGACUCGACGCGGCAGUCACAGUGGGGCCUCGCGUAAAACCAAUCGGGAUCAGAUAGCCCAAUUUUACCAGCGCAAAGCAAGCGGUACUGCUUUGGUCCCUGAAACACUACCCAAGCUAACCAAAAGUGAGCGGCACUCAAUCAGUACUGGGAUUGGUUUGGGUAGAGAGAAAAAAAUGCUUAACACGUGUAUCAGUCGUCCAGCCAGGUUCCCUUCCGGAGGAAACAGUUGUUCGGCAUUUGGCCGAGCUCCACGAGUCCAGUUUCUUGUCACCUCACCCCCGGUCAGUAUUGGCGUACCACAACCGAUUCAACCAAGGGGAUCUGCACAAUCCGAGUGUUUGUUUACGUCCAGAGGAACAGAAAAAUCGGAUUUAUAUAAACGACGCUAUACGACCGGUGAGCUUUCCUAUACUCUUCUUAGCAAAGUGGGCUACUCCCUAAAUUUAACUGGACAGAGUACAACCAGUGAUUCUGGACGUAGUACCCCUAGUCAGGGAAAAUCGUUCAAAUCAACCAGUUCACUUCUUUUACGGCACAAUGCUGUCGAUAUUCGGGAUGCUGGCUGGACUCGUUCAAAUUCAUGCAUCCGUUCUGGACGACUAUCACUGUCGGAUGACUACGGAAGUAAUAAUUCCAGACAAUUACGCUCUGUACAAGGAAGACACAGUAUGGGCGAAGCAGAAAGUGCUUGGACCCAACUGAGUUCAAGUAUAUACGGUAAAAGUCGAAUCUCAUUCACGUUAUCGUACGUGUGCACGACCGGGAUCCUGACAGUGACAGUGAACCGUCUGAAUGGAGUUCAUCUGAUCACCAACUCUACUCGUCUACUUCCGAGUCAAACAGAGACCGCAUUCGUAGUCGCGGUGCGUUUAAAUCAACGUAAAUCCCAGCCCAAUCCAAUUGGACCGGAUCCAUGCCCGUCAAAUGUGAUCUCCACCAGCCCACAAUCUACUCAUUCAGUAUCAUCUAGCCUGAAUCCGGUGUUUGACCAGUCAUUCACUUUUAAAUUAUCCCUGAAUGAGAUCGAAACCAGUGCCAUACAGUUCACCGUCUAUCGAACCACAAUGGAGCCACUCAGUGGUAAACAAUUAGUCCUACGACGACGCGCGAGUUUACGUUCCCAAUCCCAUCAGAUUAUGCAACGUCAACUGACGCAUGAACGAGCACGAUGUGGUGAAACGGUCUGUCUAGGUUCGGCAUACUAUCCGUUGAAUCGGGACGAUUUGGUCAAUCGGCCAGAGCGAUUACGUGAAUUGUGGCGUGAUAUUCAGCGCGAUUUGGACUCGGACGAGGAAGAAGACGCGAACGUGGUGGUUGGCGCGGAAACGAAGUUGUCAGAGACCGGUUCGGAAUUGACCAGUGCGGAUGAGCGAAGAAAAUCUACCGGCGGAGUUAUUCGGCAAUCGAGUUCUCUACGUUCAAUAGCCAGAAAUGCGGAAAAGACCACGAUGGAACUAUCCAUGCAAUACGAUCGGGUCACACUACAGUUGAUUAUAUGUCUCAAAGAUGCGCGGAAUGUGCGAUUACAACGAAAAGAUGCUUGUAUUUUUGUGCGUACUGUGCUCUAUAAAGGAGACAAAAUACUGGCCACCGCUCGAAGCUCAUUGAUCAAAACUGGACUUUCCCCUUUGUGUGAUUGGGAUCGUAAGAAAGAGUCCAAUUCUUGUAUGCAUACCAGCAGCCUUGUUCGGUCACGAACUGUGAGCGAUCCGUUUCCGCGGGGAGAACGCAUCGAAUUCCCGAUCGAUAUGAAUAGAUUAAUUGAGAGUAACACAUUGGGUCUCAUUUUAUUCCUGUGCUCCCGGAGUCGAUUUGGUCAAGGUCGACUGGUUGGACAAUGUGCUAUCGGUGCGUCCGGGUUCACCGAGGGAGACGGGACCCAUCUUUGGGAUCAGUUGGUAGAUGCUGUGCGCAAACUAAAAGAAGACGAAACAGAUCAAGCGACCAGCACACCAGUAUUUGCUAGCUGGCAAACGGUGACUUCAUUGACUGGUUGA